AUGGGAGUGGAGAGAGGAGUGGGUUUUGGAGAGAGGAGUGGUUUUUGGAGAGAGUGGAGAGAGAAAGGAGUGAAAGAGAGAGAGAGGAGUGGGAGUCGAGAGAAAGAGGAGUGGGGAGAGAGGGGUGUGGAGAGAGGAGUGGGAGUGGAGAGAGAGAGAGAAGUGGGGAGAGAGAGGAGUGGGAGUAGGAGGAGAGAGAGGGAGGGAGGGAGCGAGUGGGGAGAGGAUGAGAGUGAAGAGAGAGAGAGCAUGUGUGAGGCUAAAAAGAGAGGGGGAAGGGAGAGAGUAAGGGUGGGAGCAAGUGUUGGAGAGAAGAGACAAAGGGAUGGAGUUGGGAGACAAAGUGAGAGUCAGAGAGAUUGUAGUUUAAUUAGAGAGAGUAAUAGUGGGGAUAAAGGAAGGGAGAGAAUGGAGAAUGAGGAGUGGGAGUUGGGACAGAGAGUGGGAGUGGAGAAAGUGGGAUUUAGUGGAGAGGGAGUGGGAUUGAGGGGGAGAUGGAGGGAGGAUGAGAGUAGGAGUGGCGAGAGAGGGAGUUGGGAGAGAGUUUGGAGAGAUUUAGAGAGGGAGUGGAGAGAGAAGGUAUUGGAGAGAAAAUAG